GAGCGCGCGCCCCGGCGCGGGAGCGCGCCCCGGGGAGAACCCGAGCAAGAUGGAGGCCGCGCCGAGGCCGCCUCCAGGGCCGAGGCCGCCGCCGCGGGGAGCGCCGAGCCGGGCCGCCUAGGCCGCGCCGCGCCGAGCCCCCCGGACCGCACCAGCUCCCGGCCUCAGUCCCGGGCCGGCGGCCCGCAGCCCCGCAGCCCCGCCGCCGGCCCCGCCCCCGGCACCAUGCUGCCCUCGCAGGAGGCCUCCAAGCUCUACCACGAGCACUACAUGCGGAACUCGCGGGCCAUCGGCGUGCUCUGGGCCAUCUUCACCAUCUGCUUCGCCAUCAUCAACGUGGUGGUCUUCAUUCAGCCCUACUGGGUGGGCGACAGCGUGAGCACCCCCAAGCCUGGCUACUUCGGUCUCUUCCACUACUGUGUGGGCAGCGGGCUGGCGGGCCGGGAGCUCAUCUGCCGCGGCUCGUUCACCGACUUCAGCACCAUCCCGUCCGGCGCCUUCAAGGCGGCCGCCUUCUUCGUGCUGCUCUCCAUGGUGUUGAUCCUCGGCUGCAUCACCUGCUUUGCGCUUUUCUUCUUCUGCAACACGGCCACGGUCUACAAGAUCUGCGCCUGGAUGCAGCUCUUGGCAGCUCUGUGCCUCGUCCUGGGCUGCAUGAUCUUCCCCGACGGCUGGGACGCGGAGACCAUCCGGGACAUGUGCGGGGCCAGGACCGGGAAGUACUCGCUGGGGGACUGUUCGGUGCGCUGGGCCUACAUCCUGGCCAUCAUCGGCAUCCUCAACGCCCUCAUCCUCUCCUUCCUGGCCUUCGUGCUGGGCAACCGGCAAACGGACCUCCUGCAGGACGAGCUCAAGCAGGAGAACAAAGAUUUCGUGGGCUCCACGGUCAGCUCCGUGCUGCGGCCAGGGGCCGACGUCUCUGGAUGGGGGGUUCUGCCCUGUCCCGUCGCCCACUCACAGGGGCCCUGAAGGCUCACGGCCGGCAGCUGACCCGUCCGGCUUGUCCUGUCUCCUGCCCUCGCACCCUCCGUUCAGGCGCCGACGGAGCCCCCAGAUCUCCGCGAACUCACCUGCCAGCUGCCUGCGAGCCCGGGGCGGGUGCGGCGGGGGGUGCCCUCGGGGAGCCGGACCUGUCCUUGGCCAGGAGUGGCCCCGGCCGGCCCCCGGCCCCGGCCCGGGCCUCUGCCUGCCCCGCACUCAGCCCCUGCGCCCGGCGAGCGUCUAGACCGCGCCGGCUGACCGUGACCCACCGCAGGCCUGCUCGGAGCAGAGCCCGGGCCCUGGCCGCUGCCCACCGGGACUGUCCAGGCCCAAGGCCCCGCCUCCCCACACCGCCGCAUCGGCCUGUUUUGUACAGCACAGAUUUCUCGGCCCUGGUGUCAGGGUUGGGGGGCCGGGAGGGGGGCCACGGGGCAUCAAGGGAUGCGCCCCCCUCCCGCGUCCCCUCGCCCCGGGCCUCUGCCAAGGGCAGAGACUGUCUCGCCUCUUUGAUAAUUUUCUGCGUCACUUGAACUUGCAGGUCACCUCUGAACAGGGUACCCCUCCCCCCUCGUCCUCUGUCCCCCGCUCUUCCUCGUCCUCGUCCUCCUCGUCCCCCUCCCCCUUGCCCGCGGGCAGUGCUUGGAGCUGAGACGUGUGUGCGCGUGUGUGAAGGCCAUGGGGGUACAGGGAGGCCUUUGAGGGCCCCCCAGAUUUCCCAGUGCCACCUGCUGUUUCUUUGGCGGUGGGGGGGUGCAGGGGUGCGGGCCUGCCUCUCGGGGGGUGGUGCAGGAGGCGGGGGCUGUGCCCCCUGCAGGGAGGGGGGUGGGAGUGCAGGAGUGAUGCUGCUCCGUGAUGUAAACCAAAGCCCAGGGCUGGGGGGCUGGGGACCCCAACGGUGCCUGUGCCCAAAUGGGGCAGGGGUGUGAGACCUGCCACUCCAAGAGGUUGGGCCACCCCCCCGCACACACACACCUUCCGGGUGCAGGCCAGGGCGGCCAGCAGCACCCUCGGCCCCUGCCGGUCGGGCCUGGGAAGGGCCCAGUGGGAGUCUGGGCCCAGCUGAGGGCCCUGUGGAACGCUCCAGCCCAGGAAGGGUCCACGCCCCCAGGACAGGUGACCUGGCUGUCGCCUGGCAGAGACUGAAGCAGUGCUGUGACCCCGCGUGCAGUGUGGUCUCUGGACCCGAGCUUUGAGCAGCCUGCCUUGGCCCCCCCCCGACCCCCCCGCAGAAUAGGGGCCCGGCGCCCCCCACCCCGCUCCAGCUCUCAGGACAGUUGGGGCGGCCCCUGGCUGCUCAGUCCCUCCCCCGGAGGAAGGGGUGAGGACUGCGGGCAGGUACCCCGGUGCUCCCUAGUGUGCUGAGUAGGGCUGCAGGGGCCAGCCCCGCGGGGCUCUGCCCGCCCCACCCCCCGCUCCAGAACCUUCCAUGGGCCUGGAAUUGCCCGUGAAGGUGCCGGCGCGCGUCGUUAGGAUAGCUCGGUGUCGUCCACACCCGUCGCUCAGCCCUGUCCAGAAGUGUCCCCUCCUUCAUUGUCCGGUUUGGUGACAUUCAUUUUGGCCCAACCCCCCCGCUGCCCGCCGAGCGCUCACGAGGGCAGAGAGACGUUCGGAUAAACGCUUCCUGCCCUGUGCCAGCCGCUCCCUCUCUGCUGGGCCCCUUCCUGCUGGGCCCUUCCGGCCUCUGGGGACCGCAGGGCCCGAGGCUGGGGCUCUGGCCACCUCCCCGUCACCUUAAUUUCUCCUGAGGGGCAACAUUCUGGAAACACCGCAGGACUGAGCCCCAGCUCGGGGGGGACCUGAGCGAUGGUCUGGCGUCUGGACGCGUCGCCGCUCGAGCACCCCUGGAGGAGGCCCUGCACCCCACUGACUCGGGAUGCCUGGCCCCGGGCCCCUGGACAAGCCCCCUCGCUUCUCUGCACCCCUGCCCCCGGUAAGGGAGCUGCUGAGCGUCGCCUCAGAGCCGGGGGGACACGCGUGGUGGAGCCUGAAGCAGGUGUGUGCGCCAGCGGCCGCGCCGGGUCGGGAGUCUCCACCCUGAGCCCCCGGAGAGGCUGAGCACUUCCGCUCCCGGGAAGCCCAUCAGGGCUGGAGAGCUCAGUGCUUUGCGCAGCACUUCGCAGCGGGCCGGCCCGGGUUCCGACCCCGCACGCAUGGUCCCCCGAACGCCCCUGAGCGCAGAGCCGGGGAGGCCCGGAGCACCUUCAGGUGUGGUCACGAACAAAUAAAGUCUUUAUUUAAAAAAAA